ACGGGGGUCGCGCGCAAGCACCGAAAGAGAAAAAACACCAACGGAGCGGAGCACCGUGAUGUAUUUGGGGAGCUCGUGAGAAAAAAGACUGCACUGAGGGGUGCAAAACAGGCAUUUGCUUUCCGAGAAUACGCGCAAAUAUCGCGGUACCGUGAGGUCGAAGCAAGGAGAUUAUCCCAGAGAAGAGCGAGCGAGCGGCUGGAAACGGAGCACCAAUCCCGGAUGGCUAGGCGCGGCUGCUCGCGCUCUCUCCCACCCUGAGCCGGGAGAGACACACAAGGACCGUGGGGAAGCUCUGGGGCUUAACGUGAACCUAACCGGAGCCUGUUAACCCGUCAUCCCCCUCACGGCCGUUAUAUCGCCUGUUUCCGCCGAAACGGGAAUCUUGUCUGGCGCACGGGACCGAUCAUAAACAAACAAGGCAGCCGCUCGGGAAGGGAGAGUGUUCAGUCAGCGACCUCUGAAGGGUGUGAGUCUGCGUUGUUACUGCGUUUUUCAGCCCAUUAGGGAUUCAUCAGCAGUACUAUUAGCGUGUGUGUCUGUGUGUGCGUGGAUAAUACAGUGUUGAGAUAUGGCUGUAUUAGACUGAGAGUCCUAAGGAGCCAGCGGCAUUAUGGGAUGUAGCAGGACUGUGCAGUGACCCCGCUCAUUGAAAGGAAACAGUCUGUGUACAGGAGCAGGAACAGGCAGACUAGCCUAAACACACACUCAUCCUUGUAUCCACACAAAACACAUCCCAGGAGCCAUGCCUGUGUUCAGUGGCCUGUUGAAGGUGCGAGUGUGUGAGGCAGUGGACCUGAAGCCCACCCCAUGGGCCCUGCGUCACGCUGUGGGGAAGAGUGGCUCCUUCCUGCUGGACCCUUAUCUGGCCCUAAAUCUGGACCAGACCCGGCUUGGCCAGACGGCCACCAGGACCAAGACGAACAGCCCCGCCUGGCACCAGGAGUUCUGCACGGAGGUCCGUGAGGGACGGAGCCUGGAGCUGUCCGUUUUCCACGAUGCGCCCAUCGGAUAUGAUGACUUUGUGGCCAACUGCACCAUCCAGCUGGAGGACCUACUGCAGAACGGAACCAGGCACUAUGAAGACUGGAUUGACUUGGAGCCAGAGGGCAAGGUAUACGUGGUCAUUGAUCUGUCCGGAUCUUCCACUGAGGCCUCGGGAACCAAUGAGAAUGAAGAGCGAGUGUUUCGAGAGAGGAUUGGUCCUCGCCGGCGACAGGGCGCCGUCCGAAGACGCGUCCAUCAAGUCAAUGGACACAAAUUCAUGGCCACCUACUUGAGACAACCAACCUACUGCUCACAUUGCAGAGAUUUUAUCUGGGGCGUGCUGGGGAAGCAGGGAUACCAGUGUCAGGUGUGUACGUGUGUCGUCCACAAGCGCUGCCAUGAGCUCAUCAUCACCAAGUGUGCCGGGAUGAAGAAGCAGGAGGACACGCCUGAUGAGGUGGGUUCACAGCGGUUCAGUGUUAACAUGCCCCAUAAGUUCAGCAUCCACAACUACAAGGUCCCCACCUUCUGUGACCACUGUGGCUCCCUGCUGUGGGGCCUCAUGAGGCAGGGCCUGCAGUGCAAAGUGUGCAAGAUGAAUGUGCACAGACGCUGUGAGACCAAUGUAGCUCCUAACUGUGGUGUGGACGCCCGAGGGAUUGCUAAGGUCCUGUCUGACCUGGGAGUCACACCCGACAAGAUCUCCAACACCGCGCAGCGCAGGAGGAAGUUGACUCCAGGGCAGGACCCUCCCCAGUCUCCUCCUGAGCUCUCUCAGGCUGAAGACAACAGCUUCAGCCAGCCAGCUGUCCCCACCUCCCCCUCACAGCAGGACUUGGCAGGGUUAGAACGCCUGCAGGACGCACUGUCACUCGACCAACAGGGACCCCAACACACCUCCUCCUCCUCGUCAGCCUCCUCCACCACCUCCUCUUCCUCCUCGUCUUCCUCAGCGGGCAGGGAGAACGGACAGAUCCAAAGGAGGACCCUCAAGGACUUCAACUUCAUCAAGGUUCUCGGCAAAGGGAGCUUCGGCAAGGUGAUGCUAGCGGAGCUGAAGGGGACAGAGGAGGUUUACGCAGUCAAAGUUUUGAAAAAGGAUGUGAUUCUGCAGGACGACGACGUGGACUGCACCAUGACCGAGAAGCGCAUCCUCGCCCUUGCCCGCCGACAUCCCUACCUCACCCAGCUCUACUGCUGCUUCCAGACACGGGACCGUUUGUUUUUUGUAAUGGAAUAUGUGAAUGGAGGAGACCUAAUGUUCCAGAUUCAGCGGUCCAGAAAGUUUGAUGAACCUCGCUCUCGUUUCUACGCCGCAGAAGUCACCUCAGCCCUCAUGUUUCUGCACCGUAACGGGGUCAUCUACAGGGAUCUGAAGCUUGAUAACAUCCUGUUGGAUGCAGAGGGACACUGUAAGCUGGCAGACUUUGGCAUGUGCAAAGAGGGCAUCAUGAACGGAGUCACCACCACCACCUUCUGUGGCACGCCCGACUACAUCGCCCCUGAGAUCCUGCAGGAGCUGGAGUAUGGUGCCUCUGUGGACUGGUGGGCCCUGGGUGUGCUGAUGUAUGAGAUGAUGGCCGGACAGCCUCCGUUCGAAGCCGAUAAUGAAGACGACUUGUUUGAGUCGAUUCUCCAUGACGACGUCCUCUACCCUGUGUGGCUCAGCAAAGAAGCUGUUUCAAUCCUCAGAGCGUUCAUGACCAAGAACCCGGCCAAACGCCUGGGCUGUGUGGUGAGCCAGGGCUGUGAGGAGGCCAUCAAGACUCAUGCCUUCUUCAGGGAGAUUGACUGGGUCCUGCUGGAGCAGAGAAAAGUCAAACCACCCUUUAAACCCCGGAUUAAGACCAAGCGAGAUGUGAAUAACUUUGAUCAGGACUUCACCAAGGAGGACCCUGUGUUGACGCCUACAGACGAGGCCAUCAUCCGACAGAUCAACCAGGAGGAGUUCAAAGACUUCUCCUACUGCGCCCCCGAGGAGACGCAGACCUAACACACACACACACACACACACACACACAUUGAUCCAACAACACUAAACCUGGCACGUACGCACACAUUGCUGACACUCAUACAUGUGUAGAACCAUAAAUCCCUUUACAAAACACACACACACACACACACACACUUUGAAGCUAUUGGUUGUUGUUACUUUUGGAAUAUUCUUUACUUGCAUUGUGUUGUUCUUGUUGCCUGGGUUUAUUAUGAAUAUAAAUAUGAAUAUGACUAUGAAUAUGAAUAUACACACCUGCACAUGCUCUCUCACACACAUUCCCAUGUGCACACUUUCAGUGCAGAUUUACACACACACUACAAUCCCAAGUUUUACUCACACAGACACACUUUCAUACACCUACACAAGCUCACUGCACAUGCUCAGACAACCGAACACACACACACACACACACACACACACACACACACACUCUCACACACUCACACUCUCACACUGCUUCUCUCCCCAGCACCAUUAUACAUGUGGACUGUACAGUAGGUGCUGGGUGCAGAGGCCUGUAUAUAGCCUGUGUUGAGUGGCUGUAUUGUGUUGGUAUCGUCUGCUAGUAAAGGAGAGUCGUGGCGCAUGGACAAGCACCCUACCUGUGUUAUUACUGUCCUUAUUGUGGACCAGUUAGGGCCAAAAUACCCUUUGUGCAAUACCCUGUACUAUCUAUAUAUUUUAUGGUUUUGUUUGUUAAUGUGUUAUAUUUGUCUUUUUUUUUCUCCUCAAGUGUGUGUUUUUUUGUUGUUGUUGUUAGAUUGUGGUUUGAUUGAAAUCUUUGCUGUCGUUUGACACACUCACUCCAUAUCUUCCUGUUUUGUGUGCAUAAAGUGAAUGUCGAGCUUACAAGUUACAGGCUAUUGAACUAAUUAUGUGGAGCGGAGUGUUACAGGCGGCCUGUGUAGCAGUUAAAAGCCCGAUUUCCAGCUAUUUCAUCCCAUCUGCUAGUUUCAGAGUCCGUGUCUGUUCUACCGGCGUGAAUGUGCUGGCCUGUGGGCGUUUUUUUUUUUUUGUUGUGAAUGUACGUUUUCAUAUGUGUGAAUGCAUGACUUUUUUUCUCUCCCGUCAGUGUGGGACUUUUUGUCUUCAGCAUUUCUGUUUCUAUAGUUACCAUCAGUGUUUUCAGCCCCCCCCUCCUUCCUUCCCCUCUGAUCCAAAGUACCAAUUCCCCUUUCCUGCCUCCAGCAGCCGUCUCACUCAGCCAAAACCACUUGCUCUUCUGACUUUUGCUUUUUUUCAUGGCUUUUCUUUCUUAUUGCUCUGUUUCUUUUUUAUUAUUAUAAUUAUAAUUAUUAUUAUUAUUGUAAAGUGUAUCUGGAGGAAACCUUUAUGUAAAAUACUAUAACUAUACUAUCAUAGGUCUGUUAAAGCCAGGGGCGAAAAGAAAUGUGGAAAACCAGCAGCUGAAUACCUCUUAUUUCAAACACACACACACACACACGCACAAAACACCACAUACAGACUCUCUCCUUUGCCUCCUCCCUCUUCUUCUCACUCUCUUUCUUACAGACCCACACACACAUGCACACACAGAGAAGGACUGUUGUCGCGUGUACUGUACAGUGAUCUGAAGGCGAGCUGGUUGCUCUGUGUGCAGUAGAGUCGGUGUGUAGUGAAGCUUUGUGCACCCAGGGGUAGGGCUGUUCCUGGUCACACUAUCUUACUCUGUGCCAAAAUGUAGUGCAACAGCCAGGCUAGUCCUGUCUGGUCUGAUUCCAAUAAAACACUGAGCUGUCUACAUCA